AUGCCACAUACAAGCGUUAAAAAGACAAAAACAAAUAUAAAUCAACAAAAGUAUAUUGAAAAUUGGGAAGGAUAUGAACAUGUUAAGAGAAAAUUGAUUAAAUUAAGAAUGAAAUAUAAAUGUUCAUCAAAUUCACUAAAAAGAAUAUGUGGGGGUGAAGAAUUGAUACAUAAUACAUUAUCAGCAAUGAAUGGAAACACAUAUAAAAUAAAGCAUGUUGUAAUAGACCCAUCCACCCCUGUGGUAUAUAAUUUAAAGAGACAUAAUCAUUUGUCGGCAUAUAUAACAAGAAAGUAUAAUUUUUCACCAUUUCUUGUUGAAAAAACCAAAGAUGAUUUAUUUAUGUAA